AUGUUCCGCCUCAAACACCUGUUUUUCACGCCAAUGCUGGUGCUGCUACAAAUUUUCUGUGAGUUUUUCAUUUUUUGGAAGGAAAAAUCAAUUUCAAACAUGAAAAUUCUUUACAUGAUAAUCACUCUGAUGAAAAACAAUUGCUUCUCCUUCUAUAAUGAAGAGACAAGUCCAAUAUUAGCUCGAAACCAAAUUUUCAGUAUUUCAGAACCCUACUCCACCCAUUACACUGGACCAAACAUUAAUAUUUUUUGGCGGAAUGUCUAG